AUGUGUCUGGCUUUUACAAAAUUGAUCACAGUAAAUGGGCAAGAAUACCAUCUUCAACUUGUAGACACAGCGGGGCAGGAUGAAUAUUCCAUCUUUCCUCAGACAUACUCUAUAGAUAUUAAUGGUUAUAUUCUUGUGUACUCUGUUACAUCAAUCAAAAGUUUUGAAGUGAUUAAAGUUAUCCAUGGAAAAUUGUUGGAUAUGGUGGGGAAAGUUCAAAUUCCUAUUAUGUUGGUGGGAAAUAAGAAAGACCUACAUAUGGAAAGGGUGAUCAGUUAUGAAGAAGGGAAAGCUUUAGCAGAAUCUUGGAAUGCAGCUUUUUUGGAGUCUUCUGCUAAAGAGAAUCAGACUGCUGUUGAUGUUUUUAGAAGGAUAAUUUUGGAGGCAGAAAAAAUUGAUGGAGCAGCUUCACAAGGAAAGUCUUCAUGCUCGGUGAUGUAAUUCUACUGCAAAACCUGAGGACACUGGGAAUAUAUUUUACCUGAAGAAGCAAACUGCCCAUUUUCCUUUAAGAUAAACUAUGCUUCUUUUUUUCUUCUGUUAACCUGAAAGACAUCAUUUGGGUCAGAGUCCCUCCCCCCUCAGAUUAUGUUAAACUCUGUCCAAAUGAGUUCACUUCCAUUUUCAAAUUUUAAGCAAUCAUAUUUUCAAUUUAUAUAUUGUAUUUCUUAAUAAUAUUAUGACCAAGAAUUUUACCGGCAUUAAUUUUUCAGUGUAGUUUGUUGUUUAAAAUAAUGUAAUCAUCAAAAUAACUAUUGUUACACUACUCUAAACUAAGCUUGAUACAUCAGUGUUUAUUUCAUUGUGUUAAAUGUAUACUUGUAAAUAAAAUAGCUGCAAACCU